CAUGACACGAAAGUUCGGCGGCUCGAUUCCCAUGCGUAUUUACGAAUGCCUGAGUGACUUUAGCAUGCUGCGUUGCACGAAGCUUUUUGUGUUGCAGAAGUUGGAGGAACGCAAACAGUUGCCACAGACUGGCAAUCUGACCAAGGACUUUAUGGAUCAAUUUUUCGGCGAGGAAACGCAGUUGGGCAGCCUUAUAGGAGAGAGGUAUCAGCGAAUGUCGGAAAAGGAAUUAAAUCAACGACUAGUGCAGAAUUUUCAACGCUUUUUCAAGCAUCGCGAUAUUAAACUGCACUUUCUGCCUGGCAUGCUGGUCAAGAUUGUGCCCAGUAAGGAGAACAAGCUUAAGUUUACGCUGAAGAAGGCCAUUAAAUCCCGCAUGGGUCGAGCUCGGCGACGCGACACUGAAGAGAUGCAGCUGAAUCUAAUGAAUAUACCGUCCAUGACUGGAGCUGUCGGUGGCACCAGCGCCAGCGUCGAGACAUACGAACCAGAGGCCGAGGGUGACUCCAAGCAACAGGGAUUAGGAGCAGGUUUACAUGGCGGAGAGGGCGGCGGCGGCGGCGGACUGCUGAAUAAACGUAAAAAAAAGCAAUCCUAUAAAACAACAAUGCUGCAAGUGGCAGUGCCCAUAUUAGUCCUGCCCAUUAUCCUGCUGGGCAGUAUCUUACCGUUUGUGUUGCCCACCCUCAAAAUGGCCACCAUCUUAUCGCUUUUCAUGAACAAUGGCGCCUUCUUAGCUGCCAUGCUCUAUGCCUACGCCUCUGCCUCCGCCUCCAGCGCAGCCAACCAGCCUCAGCACAUCAACUAUGGCUAUACCGACGGCUUUCAUUGACCCAAACCACAUUGAUUUACAAAUAUUGUAUGAAUCAAUUGCUUUCCCUAAUAAAUGCUGUCUCUUGUUCUAUGACUUUA